AUGCUGAACACAAUGAUCUUCUCCCUCCAGCACCAGACAAUGAGAGGUCAUAGGCUGAAGGGGGCACUCUCCAACCCCCUCUUUGUGCUGCUGUUGGCCCUUCAGAUCUUGGUGGUGGCUGGACUUGUUCGUGCUCAGACAUGUCCCUCAGUUUGCUCAUGCAGUAAUCAGUUCAGCAAAGUCAUUUGUACCCGUCGUAGCCUACGGGAUGUCCCAGAUGGCAUUUCCACCAACACACGUUACCUAAAUCUCCAGGAUAACCUCAUCCAGGUCAUUAAGGUGGACAGUUUCAAACAUCUGCGUCAUUUGGAGAUCCUGCAACUGAGCAAGAACCACAUCCGUAGCAUUGAGAUUGGCGCCUUCAAUGGGCUGGCUAGCCUCAAUACCUUGGAGCUCUUUGAUAAUCGUCUCACAACAAUCCCCAAUGGAGCCUUUGAAUAUUUGUCUAAACUGAAAGAACUCUGGCUUCGUAACAACCCUAUUGAGAGUAUACCAUCUUAUGCCUUCAACCGAGUACCCUCGCUGCGGAGGCUGGACCUAGGUGAGCUCAAGCGUCUCUCCUACAUUUCUGAUGGAGCUUUCAAGGAUUUGAGUAACCUACGUUACCUAAACCUGGGUAUGUGCAACCUUAAGGAAAUCCCCAAUAUCUUACCUUUGGUCAGACUCGAAGAGCUAGAAAUGUCAGGCAACCAGAUCUCCGUUAUACAGCCCAGUUCUUUCACAGGACUAGUAAAUCUCCAGAAGCUGUGGAUGAUGCAUGCCCAAAUUCAAAUUAUUGAGAGAAAUUCCUUUGAUGAUCUACAGUCUCUUGUAGAGCUCAACCUGGCCCAUAAUAACCUUACCUUGCUACCACAUGAUCUCUUCACUCCUUUGCAUCGCCUGGAGAGGGUCCACCUCCAUCACAACCCCUGGAACUGCAACUGUGACAUUUUGUGGCUCAGCUGGUGGCUGAAGGAAACAGUACCUGCCAAUACUAGUUGCUGUGCUCGUUGCCAUAGCCCUGCAAACUACAAAGGCCGCUACAUUGGGGAGUUAGACCACAGCUAUUUUCAGUGUGAUGUUCCCGUCAUCGUAGAGCCACCCACUGACCUGAAUGUGACAGAAGGAAUGGGUGCGGAGCUUAAAUGCCGUACAAGCUCAUUGACAUCCAUCAGCUGGCUCACACCAAAUGGCUCCUUGGUGACACAUGGGGCUUACAAGGUACGCUUGUCUGUUCUUAAUGAUGGGACAUUGAACUUUACUAGUGUCACCAUGCAGGACACUGGGACCUAUACCUGUAUGGUGAGCAAUACGGCAGGCAACAUCUCUGCGUCUGCUGUGCUAAAUGUCACCUCAGUGGAAAACAGCGGGGUCACCUAUUUUACAACAGUCACAGUGGAGACCAUUGAGUCACCCGGGGAUGAAAGCCAAACUCCACUUCCUCCUUUUGGCUGGGUUUCCUCCUCAACCACAAAAGGUCCUCCAGUUUCAACAAAGACGACAGAACGGACUUACACUAUUCCUGUUCUUGAUCUUGAUGGAGAGGGAGCCCUCAAUGGCCUAGAUGAAGUGAUGAAAACCACCAAAAUUAUCAUUGGCUGCUUUGUGGCCAUCACGCUUAUGGCUGCUGUUCUGCUGGUCAUUUUCUACAAGAUGAGGAAGCAGCACAACCAGCAGGAUCCCGAUGGCCCUGCCUCAUCCAUGGAAGUUAUAACAGUAGAGGAAGAACUUGCAGGGGUUGCUGCCAUGGAGAGACACCUAUCGCUGCCCCCCCUGGAGCAUUACAACCACUACAACACCUACAAGAGCACUUAUCAUCAUCCUCCUAUGCUCAGUACCAUACACAGCUCAGCCACACAAGAGCCUUUGCUGAUUCAAGCCUGCUCAAAAGACAAUGUACAAGAAACCCAAAUCUGA